AUGAGGGGGAUCAUUUUUGCACUGGCUUUCGCUCUUGUGGGUAACCAACAAUAUGGGCCUUCUUUCAGUCACAGCAAGACCUAUGUUUACCAGUACGAAGGGGUUGUUCUGACUGGCUUGCCAGAAAAUGGCUUGGCUAAGGGAGGUCUCAAGAUUACCAGCAAAUUGCAAAUUAGUUCAAUAGAUCAGAGGAACCAUCUCCUUAAGAUUAUCUCACCUCAAAUUCAAGAGUACAGCGGGACUUGGCCAAAAGCUCAAUUUAUCCCAGCUCGGAAGCUAACUCGGAAGCUAAGCGCACAACUGAGCAAGCCGAUAGAGUUUGAAUACAGCCAUGGUCGAGUCGGAAAUAUAUACACCCAUCCAGACCUACCCGAAAAUAUCCUCAACAUCCACAGAGGCAUUCUGAACAUGCUGCAGAUCAGUAUUAAAAAGUCACAGAACAUUUAUGAGUUGCAAGAGAAUGGUGUGGAAGGCAUCUGCCAGGCAAACUAUGUAAUUCAGGAAAACAAGAAAAGCGGAUUUAUCACUGUCACAAAAUCCAAGGAUCUGAACAAGUGCCAGGAGAAAAUCUCGGAGACCAAGGGUGCUGCUUAUAGUCAGCCAUGUGAAACCUGCCAGCUGAAAGGCAAGAGCCUGCGGAGUGUAGCCACCUACUCGUACGCUAUAAAAAAUACCAAAGACGUGGCAGUGAUUGUCGAAGUCGUAAGUAAAGAGACACAUCAGUUCACACCGUUUAAUGAACGUGAUGGUGCUGCCAGCACAGAGUCCAGGCAGCAUCUUGUCUUCUUGGAAUACAAAAAUCAGUCACCACCCGUGCCAACUGAGCACCUGGAAAAGCGAGGAACCCUGAGAUAUCAGUUUUCCAAUGAACUGCUGCAGAUACCAUUGCUGUUGGUCAAACCCUCGUAUAAUGAUACUAAUAAGAUUAUCACAACAUUGGAAAAUUUGGUUCAAAUGAACCGAGAGAGAGCUCAUCCUGAUGCUCCAAUGAAGUUCCUGCAGCUCAUUCAGCUCCUGCGUUCGGCAACUUUGGAAAACCUUCAAAGCAUUUGGGAAAAAGGUGCAGGCAGUUCACACCACAGAUGCUGGAUUUGGGAUACCUUACCAACUGCAGCAACCCCUGAAGCAAUUCAGUUCAUCCAAACAAAAAUUGAGCAGGGAGAACUCCAGCGCGAGGAAGCAGCCAAGGCUCUGAUUUUUGUGCUACAUUCCAUCAAAGCUGACUGCCAUGGUGUAGACAAUGCGACGGUUCUGCUGUCCAGCCCUUACAUGCAGAGAGACCCCUUCCUUCGCAGAGUCACGUUGCUUGCUUAUGGAACGUUGGUCCACAAAUAUUGCGCAGCUCUCCGGGUUUGCCCUGAUGAAGCUCUCCAGCCACUCCACAAGCUCGUUGUUGAGGCUGGCAGCGGAGACAAUGAAGAGCAAACAAUCCUCGGCCUCAAAGCCAUUGGCAAUGCAGGGCAGGUGGCAAGUCUGAAGCGCAUCCAGAAACUCCUGCCGGGAUUUGGGAACGUUGCCAGCAGCGUCUCAAACAGAAUCCACGGGGAGGCCGUGAUGGCAUUACGCAACAUCGCCAAGAAGGAGCCGCGCAAGGUACAAGCCAUCACUCUUCAGUUAUUCAUGAACAAACGGAUCCAUGCUGAAUUACGAAUGAGGGCUUUCAUUGUCUUGAUGGAAACCAAGCCAUCCUUGGCUUUAAUUGCAUCAGUUACUGACUCACUGGUCAGAGAGACCAACUUGCAAGUGACCAGUUUUGGUUAUUCCUACAUGAAAUCUCUAGCAGAAUCCUCGGCACCCGAACUCCAGUCGCUGGCCGCUAGUUGCAACCUCGCCGUCAAACGUUUGAACCAAAAGUGCAGCACACUCAGUUAUCGGUACAGCAAAGGUUUGCAUUUUGGAGCAUUUAAAGAUAAGCUUUUGGCUGGAGUCGAUGCCAACGUUUACUUAAUAAAGAAGUCAGAGGGUAUUCUGCCAACUACAGCCAUAGCCAACUUCAAAGUUUAUGGCCUUGGAGUCUCCUCGGAUUUUCUGGAGGUUGCUAACUUUGUCUCGAACUCUGUCAUCGAGCAGGGUCUCUUCAAGUUUCUCCUGCUGUCCUUCCAGGUGCUUGAAUGGAAAUCAAUACCCAUAAUUAAGCCCCAGGCAGUCGCCUACAUCAGGUUGUUUGGUCAAGAACUUGCUUUUGCUGAAUUUCGCCAGAAAGAUUUACAAGAGGUUAGUAAGGCAUGGACAAUGCCAUUUAAUUGGAUUCUGCCACUGAAGAAGGGAAAAAUAGAGAGAUUACUGAAGGAAUUCAUAGAGAUGCUUCAGAGUGGACUGACCGUACACUGGACCAAACCGUGGCUGGCAUCCGAGAUUCGGCACAUCGUGCCAACAUUGCUUGGCCUGCCGUUGGAAAUAGCGUUUUAUUACACCGUCGUUACAGUAGUGCACGCCAAAGUGAAGAUUACUCUAAGCCCUUCUAAUCUUACAAUGGCUCAGCUCCUGAAUACCAGCAUUCAGGCUGAUGUUCAGUUCACCGCAAGCUUUGCGUCCUACAUUAUUGCCUCUCAGUAUUUGCAUUUUAUUGCCUUUCCCUUCAGCUCGGUCAAAGAUGUUAUUGCUAUUAUGGGAAUAAGCACACCUCUGGUUCAAGCAGGGGUAGCAGCGCAGUUGAAAACAAACACAGUUGCCUCUGUGAACUUCGCCGCAGAAGUAAACAUUGAUAAGGGUAACAUCAAAAUUGAAACACACGCAUGGAAACAGGAAGACCAGCUGUUCUUUGCUAGGUUAUGGGCUUUUGCUUUCACAAGAAAUAUUGAAGAUUUGGCUGCAGAGAAAGUCACUCCACUCGUAUCGAGAGGAGGGUUUGGAAUAAUGAGCAGAGAAUUGAGUUUAGCAAAGAAUUCAACAGUGGAUCGCGAAGGAGUUCUGGAGAAAGUGUUGCCUCUUGCUGUACCACGGGAAUCUUUGUGCUCUGCUGAAGAUACACCAGAUGUACCAAGCCCAACAGUCCGCCAGACUUGUGUGAAGUCCAGCACUUUUGGAGUCGAAAUUUGUUAUAAGACCAGUACAGAAAAUGCUGUCUCUGCUACCGAUUCUCUGCUAUACAAACUAGUAGGAGAUAAAUCAGUUGAAGUCACAAUCAGACCAGUUAACACACCAAUUGCUAUCAAAAAGUUACAACUCGAAUUGUGUUUGAAUGAAGAGGACCAGCUCAGUGCGAGAGUUAGUGACUUGAUGAGGAAAAGUAACAGGAGUGAAUUGACACUGCCCGAAGGCAAAUUAACCCUUCUGAAAUUUAAGAAAAUCUUCAAUGGUCGGCGUUGGCAAGAAACCCAGCAGCAGCUGCCCGAGAUUUGGUUUGGGACAACAUUACAGCAAUCAAACUUUCACCCAUUCCGACAUCAGCUGAACCCCCUGAGACAGGACGUGCCUUUAGUGCCACCUGUGGUUCUGGCCAUCGACUGCAACUGCCUGUGCAAAGGGGUGGUGCUGCUGCUAAAGCCAAAGCUGUGUGUUGAACAUGGAAUCCCCGGCCACCCAAGACCACAGGCCCCAGGUUUUUGCACCUUGUGCCCUCCCCUCUCCCGGGCCUUCCUAUCGUGGACAGAUCCAUCUGCGACAGAUUGUAAGCACUUGAUGUGCUAUCACCUAGACUGUAAGCACUUGAUGUGCUAUCACCUAGACUGUAAGCACUUGAUGUGCUAUCACUUAGACUGUAAGCACUUGAUGUGCUAUUACUUAGACUGUAAGCACUUGAUGUGCUAUCACUUAGACUGUAAGCACUUGAUGUGCUAUCACCUAGACUGUAAGCACUUGAUGUGCUAUCACUUAGACUGUAAGCACUUGAUGUGCUAUCACUUAGACUGUAAGCACUUGAUGUGCUAUCACUUAGACUGUAAGCACUUGAUGUGCUAUCACUUAGACUGUAAGCACUUGAUGUGCUAUCACUUGGACUGUAAGCACUUGAUGUGCUAUCACUUAGACUGUAAGCACUUGAUGUGCUAUCACUUAGACUGUAAGCCCUUGAUGUGCUAUCACCUAGACUGUAAGCACUUGAUGUGCUAUCACUUAGACUGUAAGCACUUGAUGUGCUAUCACUUAGACUGUAAGCACUUGAUGUGCUAUCACUUAGACUGUAAGCACUUGAUGUGCUAUCACCUAGACUGUAAGCACUUGAUGUGCUAUCACUUAGACUGUAAGCACUUGAUGUGCUAUCAUCUAGACUGUAAGCACUUGAUGUGCUAUCACUUAGACUGUAAGCACUUGAUGUGUUAUCACCUAGACUGUAAGCACUUGAUGUGCUAUCACUUAGACUGUAAGCACUUGAUGUGCUAUCACUUAGACUGUAAGCACUUGAUGUGCUAUCACUUAGACUGUAAGCACUUGAUGUGCUAUCACUUAGACUGUAAGCACUUGAUGUGCUAUCACCUAGACUGUAAGCACUUGAUGUGCUAUCACCUAGACUGUAAGCACUUGAUGUGCUAUUACUUAGACUGUAAGCACUUGAUGUGCUAUCACCUAGACUGUAAGCACUUGAUGUGCUAUCACUUAGACUGUAAGCACUUGAUGUGCUAUCACUUAGACUGUAAGCACUUGAUGUGCUAUCACUUAGACUGUAAGCACUUGAUGUGCUAUCACUUAGACUGUAAGCACUUGAUGUGCUAUCACCUAGACUGUAAGCACUUGAUGUGCUAUCACCUAGACUUCAAGUUGUACAUGUGUACAUUUCAAAAUGUGUUCAAUGAGCAUUCUACACACCUGCAGCAUGGAUCGUCAAGCUCACUGACUCAUCAUUCAAUCACCUCUAGUUCAUCAUCAUCAAAGUCAGAGGAAGAAGAUGGUGCACGUCCUUGCAAGGGAUCAUCAAGGAAAUCGAGUGACCUUCAAUCCUCCAGCAGAUCAUCUUCAUCAUCAUCUAAAUCCAGUUCGAGGUCCAGAAUGAGUUCCUCUAGCUCAUCUUCAUAUUCACCUUCAUCUUCAUCACAGCAGGUACAUCACAACUCAGUGCCACCAAAAUUCGUAUUGCUAACCCGAGCAAUCUUGACUGAUAACAAAGAGAAAGGUUACCUGACAAAGGCAUACAUGGACAGUUCAAUGGAGCAGCGAGCAUUACAAGUAUUUGUGGAUGAACUGCAAGAAGGAGGCAGCUGGAGAGCCUGUAUUGCUGCUGAGAUGCCCGAUGUGCACAGAGCAGUGGCAUCGUUGAAAUGGGGCAAAAAUUGCCAAGACUACAAGAUUGCAGCAAAGGCAUCUACUGGCCACUUUGAGCAUUAUCCUGCUGUACUGGUCAAAGCAAAAUGGGGCAAGCUACCUCAAACCCUAAAAGAAACUGCAGGAAUUGUGGCUGAUAAGCUGGCCGGGAUUGCCUUCACGUUAGGGUUCUCGGAGAGGCAUAGGAAGAGUCCUGCUCAUCAGAUUUCAGUGGUUACUGCUGCAACCUCUCAACAAACACUCAAUGUUGUAGUGAAAACUCCAAAGGUAUUUCUCAUUUCACUAACAUUUCCUCUGCAAAUUUUCUCCCCUCGACAGCUGAGUAUGCCAAAUGAAGUGAGUCAUGGACCUCUCAGCUCUGUGUCCAACUCUGGGCACCGCUUAAGGGAGGAUGUCAAGGCCUUGGAGACGAUUCAGAGAAGACUCACUAGAAUCGUACUGGGAACGAUAGACUUCAGUUCUCUGAAGAGGUUAGAGAAGCUGGAGCUGUUCUCCUUAGAGCAGAGGUUAAGGGAUGACUUAAUAGACAUGUUCAAAAUUAUAAGGGGUUUUGCUGAAUGCACAGUUAUGCAAAACCAUUUCACCCCAUUUACCAAGGACAGUUUUGAGUACCAAAUGCCUGAAGGCUGUGCUCAUGUAUUGGUCCAAGAUUGUACUCCUGAACUGAAGUUCAUCUUACUAAUAAGACACAGUGCAGAAUCACUGUUUGUACAGCUGAAUUGUCCUUCUAGUGCAAUAGAAAUGCAAUCGACAAAAACAGGAGAAAUCCAAUUGUUCGUCAACGGGACCAAGAUAUCAAUCACAAGCCUUCCAUUUACAGGUCCAAAAUCCUUGGUCAUCGAGAGAAGUGAAAAUGGGGUGAGGAUAAAAGCACCAGGACUCGGCCUUGAAAAGCUCUUUUUCUCUGUCUCCCUAAUCCAGGUUACCGUGCUACCAUGGAUGGCUGAGACUACUUGCGGAUUAUGCGGGCGAAGUGAUUCCCAGAGGAGCACUGAGUAUCCACAACCAAAUAAACGCAGCACCAAUGAAAUUCUCAAAUUUGCACACUCGUGGUUACUGCCAGGGGAAAACUGUACAGAUGCUUGUAAACUGAUGAAAACAACCUUGAGACUAGACAACACAGUUAACAUACAUGGACAGGAAUCUAAAUGCUACACUGUUGACCCGGUUUUACGCUGUCAAGCUAUAUGUUCACCGGUGAAAACAGCCCCAGUUGUCUACGGCUUCCACUGUCUUCCAGCUGAUUCUCACGCGAAUCCUAGCGAUGAACAGCUGAUAUCUGCCAACUUUGGUCAGAAGAGUGAAGACUUGACAGGCACUGUUGAAGCCCACACUGCCUGUUCAUGUCCUUCUGAAUGCAAUUAA